UACUAGCCCCACAUGGCAGGUGACGUACAGAAAUUCGUCACCUCGUGCACUACAUGUCAGCGGAUAAAAAGCAGCAAGCAGAAAAAGGCGGGACUGCUACAGCCUCUUCUUGUCCCAGAACAGCCCUGGCAAGUGGUCAGCCUAGACUUCAUCACCGGGCUACCAACUACCACAAGCGGUCAUGACGCGAUCCUCGUCGUCAUCGACAAGUUCUCCCAAAUGGGACACUUCAUCCCAACACACACGACAGCACACACCGAGGAGAUAGCACAACUCUUUGUUCGCUACAUCAUCUCAGAACAUGGCAUUCUAACCACACUCAUCUCUGACCGAGACCCUAAGUUCACCAAUAAAUUCUGGAAAGAACUGAUGUCUCUACUCGGAACCAAACUCGCCAUGUCAUCCGCAUACCAUCCGCAGAGAGACGGCCAGACUGAGCGUCUUAACCAAUUUGUGGAGCAACUCCUCCGCGCAGCCUGCAAGGACGAAAUCUCCAAGUGGGACUUGCAUCUGCCCAUUCUAGAGUUUGCCUACAACAAUGCUACUCACGCCGCUACUGGACAGACGCCGUUCUUCCUCUGCUACGGCCGCCACCCACUCACACCUCAACAGCCAAACAUACCAGCCACAGUUCAACCCGCACACGACUUCAUCACGACCAUGCACAAACUUUGGGAUCGGACCCACAAACGCCUUCUCGACAUUCAGCAACAACAAAAGCGCCAGGCCGAUCGCCACCGCACAGACCACACGAUCACCGUGGGAGACCGAGUACUACUCGACACGCGCAAUCUUGACAUCAGCCAUCUCCCAUCCAAACUGCGACCUCGCUUCUGCGGGCCUUUUCUCGUUGAAGCACAGGUCACUCCUGUUACCUUCCGCUUACGCCUACCAGCUACCUGGAAGAUUCACAACGCCUUCCAUGUCCAACUCUUGAAGCCCUACCGAGAUCCCAACACGGUCUUCUCUAGACGACAACCGCCGCCGCCGCCGCCCGUCCUCGUCCAUGAUGAACCCGAGUACGAGGUCGAGUCCGUGCUUGCUCACCACCGUCGACGGAAUGGCACCGUGGAGCUUCUCAUCCAUUGGAAGGGUUAUGAUCCUUCAGAAGUUAGUUGGGUCUCUGAAUCCGAGAUGGAUCACACUCGUCGCCCUCUUCGUGACUACUUUGUCAAGCAGGGUGUUACGUCUACCACCCAGCUUUGAGGGGGGGAAGUGUGAGAGUACGA